CCAAGUGCGCGCGAAAAGAAAACCCGCGCGUGUAAUUUCGCGCCCCAAUGACAUUCGACAUUCGACGAAAUUUAUCACCUUCGAUUGUGCCGACAAAUGGAAAUAUUUCACGAGAAACGUUGCCAACCUUGAAAAUAAUUCUUAUUGGAUUCGUUUGACAGUUUUUUGAUCCAGAUUCAGAUUUUCUCGUUUAGAAAACGUAAACAUCAACAAUUUGCGGCGAUUCGUAAAUUUUCCGCAAAGAAAUGCAGAUAAAUCGAUAGAAUUCUAGUAAAAUUUGUGGUGCAUUCCAUAUAUAAGUACACCAAUAGUGGAAACAACCAAUCCAAGCAAAGAUGGGUUUCGUGCAGCGAGCGCUCUUCACCUGGUUCAUCAUCUUGGUGUUUCUGAUUCUGCUCUGCCUUCGACUGGAAAGCCGCAUCAACUGGAACUGGUUCAUUGUUUUCAUACCACUCUGGCUGUACGACACUAUCCUGAUCACCUGGGUAGUCAUCGAGAUUAUCCAGCGACAGCACGCCAACCGGUUGAUCUCGUUCCGGCACUACGAAUACUACGUGGCCGGAAUACUGCUGAAGAUCCUGUCCCAGAUUGCCAUCUGUCUCAAGCUGGAGUACAACAACAUUCCGCUGUACGCGAUGAUGAUUCCGAUUUGGUUGCUGCUGGCGAUGUUGGUGGUCUACAUCGGAACCAACCUGCAGCCGAAGCCUCGCUCCCUGGGAUCGAACAAGAGCACCCGGCAGACGACGGCCGCUUCUUCCUAGGGGUACGUACGGGUGAAGCUUCGAGUUUCGCCCUCGCCCAGGAGAGGUGCUGAAGAAGCUCCGGAAGGCACCCUCUGGGGAUUUUAGCUCAUGGCGCGGUUGUUGCUGCUUUUGGUGUAAGUACCAAUUUCUUUUUUGAACUUGAACUUGUGAUGGACAUCGGAAGAUUGAGUUAUAUUGCUGGAAGUGAUCUGAAAGGUCGGUUACAGCAAUCGGAACGAUUUAUAGGACUGUUUUAGACUUAUAAAAUUCACAUAGUAUUCUAAGAUAUAACAGUAGAUAGAAUUAUAUGGAUUGCAGCCGA